ACCCAUGGAGACAGUUGCAAGGAGAAAGACUCGUUUGUGAAUUUGAAAAAAAAAGAACAGGAAAACGGACUCAUGUCUUUUCUUCCUCCCUCUUCGUUAUAAGAAUGCCUCCGACUCUCUUUCAGAAACUUUUCAACAAGAAGAGCGCUUUUUCACCGCCUCCGCAGAGAUGUAACAAAGAGGAGCCAGCUUUCAGCUGGCCAGUCCCCCACUUGGAGCCCGGUCACAUCCGGCUGAUCGUAUACCAGGACUGCGAGAGGCGUGGCCGCAACGUCCUCUUUGACUCCAAUGCCAAGAAGAGGGGCACGGAUGACCCCCACCUUGCCAGCACGGAGGGCCAGGUGAAGAUGUUCGGCAAAUGCUGCCGGCUUCGACCGACGGGGGGCAGCAGCAGCUCCCUGGACAGCUCCUCGUCCUCCUGCGCGUCAGAGACUUCCAGGGAAACCAAAGAGCAGGGACUCCGCUUCCAGGGUUCAAGGUGUUCGUCCGACGUGGUUAUGCUGGGGGAAAUGAUGUUUGGAUCGGUGGCCAUGAGCUACAAAGGCUCCACGCUGAAAAUACACCAGAUCAGGUCGCCGCCUCAGCUGAUGCUGAGUAAGGUGUUCACAGCCUGGACGGGAGGCAGUGUGUACGGCAGCCUCAAUACGUUACAGGACAGUCUGGAGUUCAUUACACAGGACAGCAGCAACACCCUGCGGCCCGAUCACAACGCUCCUCCAAAUAAUCUCCUAGGGAACAUAGGAUUUUCUCAGCUCUGCAGCCCUCGACGGGCCUUCUCUGAGCAAGGCCCGCUGCGUCUCAUCAAAAGCGCGUCUUUCUUUUCAGGCCACAGUCACCCCAUGGAUAUGCCGGGCCGAGGGCUGUACGACGAACGGGACAGCGGCAUCGCCCGAUCGGCAUCUCUGAGCAGUCUCUUGAUCACGCCCUUCCCGUCGCCGAGCUCGUCCCUGACCAGUAGUUGCGCGUCCAGCUACCAGCGGCGGUGGCGGCGGAGUCAGACCACCAGCCUGGAGAACGGCGUCUUCCCGCGCUGGUCGGUGGAGGAGAGCUUCAACAUGUCGGACGACAGCGGCGGGCAGAGCCUGGGGGUGGCCCGCAAGAAGAAAAUAGCCAUCGGCGUCAUCUUCACGCUGUCGCCCAACACUGAGGAGAACAGCCGCUUUCAGGACUUCUUCUUCUCACACUUUCCGCUCUUUGAGAGCCACAUGAACAAGCUCAAGGGUGCCAUUGAACAGGCCAUGAAGAUGAGCCGGCGGUCAGCUGAUCCCAGCCAGAGGGCCUUGGCCUACAGCCGCAUGGUGGACGGGCUCAACGAAUUCAGGAUGACCAUAUGCGACCUGUACAGCAUGCCCCGCGUGGCCGAGCCCGUGUGGCUGACCAUGAUGUCGGGCGCGUCGGAGAAGAACCACCUGUGCAGCCUCUUCAUGCGAGAGUUCUCGAUGCUGAUGGAGCAGGCCUCCAAGAACCAGUUCCUCCCGGCGUUGCUGACGGCCAUCUUGACCAACCACUUGGCUUGGGUGCCCACGGUUAUGCCCAACGGCCAGCCGCCCAUCAAGAUCUUCCUAGAGAAGCACUCGUCGCCCAGCGUGGACAUGCUGUCCAAAACGCACCCCUACAACCCGCUGUGGGCGCAGCUCGGUGACCUGUACGGCGCCAUCGGCUCUCCGGUGCGCCUGGCCCGCACGGUGGCGGUGGGCCGGCGUCAGGAGCUGGUGCAGCGCCUCCUUUACGUGCUGACGUACUUCAUCCGCUGCUCGGAACUGCUGGAGACGCGCAUGCUGGACAACGUCGAGGACGAGGCCAUCGUCAUGCCCGGCUCGCUCAUCACCACCUCGCUGCGCAAGGGCGAGGUGGAGGAGUCGGACUACGUGCUGGUGACCGUUCACAAGUCCGCCGGCGACUACUUGGCGGAGAAGGAGGACGAGGGCGAGGACGACGGCAGGGACCGCAGCCAAGCGAUUGGGACUCUCCGGGACGACGGUUGCCGGACUUCGGCGGAACCCGAGGGGCCUCACAGGGAGUCCCGCAGCCCGCUGACCGUUGAAGCCCGGUUGGAGACGGUGCAGCCCGUGGGCUCGUGCUCCCCGAGGGAACGUGGAGCGGACGAGGGCUCGGGGAGGGACCCUGUCGGAGACCCCCCGCUAGGUUUCCCCCCGGAGAAGAAACCUCCGGAUAAGAACACCGCCCCCGGAACCACCAUGUCGGCCCCCAUGUCGCUCAUCGUGACGGAGGAGCCGCCCACCAAGGUCACCUUCCUCAUAGGAGACUCCAUGUCGCCCGAGUCGGACACCGAGAGCCGGCGGAGGAAGGUGGAGGAGGACAUGAAUAAGCACAGAAAGCUCCACCAUCUUCAGCCGCAGGACCCCCCGCCUUUUGCGCGGGUGUCCAGCAAACUUCCCCAGUGGAACCCCGACGCUCCGGAUUACAGCCAGUUCGACGAGUACUUCUGUCCAGAGAACCCGGUGGAGACGAGGACAAUAGACGACGUGGCCAAACGGGAGGAGGCCGCCGGCACUGUGGCCGGCCUUCGCAAAGACCUCCUGGACCCCUCGGGGGCAGGCCGCGGCGUUCGGGACGGCGCGGAGAACGCGAGCGACUCGGCGGACGAGCAGAGGAGGUGCAGGUGCGCCUCGACGGACUCGUGUGACAAGGGACUCGUCCUGUCCGUGCCCGUCCUCCACUGGGGCGGCGGCGGCGAGGACCAAAAGUGCAAGGUGGCGCCCCUCAACGACUGGGAGAUCCCGCGCAACGAGAGCUCGGACAGCGCCCUGGGCGACAGCGAGAGCGAGGAGACGGAGGACUGGCAGGAGGAGGUGAUGGUUCCCUUCCCAAGCUCCAAGCUGGUGGAGAACUACUCCAAGCCAACCAUCGCCAACUUUGGCCGCUCCCUUUUCGGCGGCUACUGCCCCACCUACGUGCCGGACUUUGUACUGCACGGGAUGCCCAGCGACGACAAGCUACGGCAGAGCCUCUUGGCCGAACUCACGCACGCCGUCCAGCAUCCGGUGUUGGACGAGCCCAUCGCCGAGGCCGUUUGCAUCGUGGCCGACACGGACAAGUGGACGGUGCAGGUGGCCAGCAGUCAGAGAAGAGCCACCGACGUGGGCAAGCUGGGCAAGGAGGUGCUGGUGUCCAGCCUGGUGUCGGGACUGCUGCACUCCACGCAGCAGCUCUACAAGCUCAACAUGUCCCCCAACUUUUGCAUCAUGCACCUGGAGGACCGCCUGCAGGAGAUCUACUUCAAGAGCAAGAUGCUGGCGGAGUACCUGAAGGGUCAGAAGAGAGUCCACGUCAAAGAACUGGGCAUGGUCUUAGGAAUCGAAUCGAGUGACCUCCCGCUUCUUGCCGCCGUGGCCAGCACGCACUCGCCCUACGUGGCCCAGAUAUUGCUGUGAGGAGGAGGGAACGCGUCCCAGAUUCCUUUUUCCUCGUUUUUUCUUUUGUGGACCUCAGUUUGCUGCUGACAGGUGCAGUACUCCCAACGCACCACAGGAGGGUGCAGUUGGGUAAGAAAGGAAGAGCCUCUUGUUUGAAUGUUGUAGUUUUUUGUUUUGUUUUGUUUUGUUUUGUUUUCACACACCAAGCCAAAGACUUCACUUCGAAAGGAGUGUUAGGACCACACUGAAAAGAAGCGAAAUAAUACAACUCAAGAGUGAAAUCAGAAUCUAAUGAGAACUAAGACAUCUAUUUUGAUGACAAAUAAGAUGCAUAUUUUCAGGGGGGUUGAAAAAUCGUCAUCUUACAAAGAAUAUUAACCUACUGAUUGUAUAAAAAGGAGACUUUCCCUCCUUAAAUUUCCACUUCAUUCUUGUGAGAUUAGUUUUUUUUCCUCCUCUAAAAUAGAACAAUAGUCAAAUGUACGUUAUUUUUUUAAAAUAUGAAACUUUUUCACACACACAAAAAUCUCAAAUUUACAACUUUAUUAUUAAUUAGGAACUUUAUUUUUCUUGAAAAUAUCAUGUUUUAACUUGUCGGAUUGAGACUUGGCCGUUUCAUUUCGAAAAAAAUAUUCUUUUCACUGUUGGCCUUCACAUUCCUUGGUACUUGAUUUUUAACUUUUAAUGCCGAGAAAGAUGCUUUGAGGUAUUUUCUAUUCAAUUUUGUGCUUUUUCUGUACAAUCUCAAAACAAGCCAGCCGUGCUCAAAUCUUUCUAAAAAAGAAUGCCAUUUUUCUUUUUUUACAAGCCAAACUUGCCCCAACUAUUCUUACUCAAAUAUGUACCAAGAGAAACCGGUUCCGAAAAUUUCCAAACGCUACCUCUGAUCUUAUGCACGAUUCACAAAAGUACCCUGAGGUCAUGUAUUGAAAAAAACCCAUCCAAAACCCUGAAGUCAACAUGUGACUACCCCCCCCCCCCCCCCCACCAUUCCCUACUCCCCACUCUCCGUGCCAAGGAAUCAGCACUGUGUCUAUUUUACAACCAAAACAUAAAAUGCUGAAUAUUGUCACCCUUUUCUACCAUGUUCACGGUGAGGAGUAACUGCGAGAAAAUGUAGGAAAAUUCACAAAGGGUUGUUUUUCUUUUUCUUAUUCUUGUUUUUUUCUUUUUUUAACAGCGCAUUCAUUCUUUUUGUCUUAAGGGGAAAUGAGGAUGUCAUCGCAGGCUUCCAAACAGCCGCUAACGUUGUUUAGCGCUUGUUGUUCGUGUGUUAAAAGCGUCCUUUGUAUAUGAUUAAGUUAUUUUUGUGGACUGUACAAUUCAUUUCCAUGUAUUUAUACCUUUUCAACAAUUGUCUCCUUGGAAAUGUAUCCUUUUCCCAAUUUUAUGGGAAUGUUGUGCAAUAAAGAUGCAGACAUUUGGACAUAAA